AUGCACGGCUGCACUGCUGGUGUUGCCGGUGUUGUCGACACUGCUGCUGCUGCUGCUGCUGACACUGCACCCACCACAUCCACUGCAGCCGGCCAAUUGUCGUCGUCGUCGUCGUCGCCGUCGACCUCAUCAGCCGCACCCGUCUCGCCAGCCUCACCAUCCGCUGCUCGGUCGCAUUCUUCCGCUGAUCGGCUCUGCUCGUCUCCGUCUCCGUUGCCACCGACGACUUCACAACAACGGCCGCUUCCGCUGUCGCUGCCAUCGGCCCUGCUGUCAGCACAUGUCGGCUCUGUUCCGACGCCGUCGUCUUCCUCCUCCUCGCCCCCCCCACCCCCUCCUCCCACCUCGCUCGCGCCGCCCACCACUACGGCAGCCCCCAUGACCAGCCUCGAGCGCUGGGCGCUGCUCCGGUCCGACGCGCAGUUCAACGCUCUCGCCGGCGCUGUCGGCGGCUUCACAUCUGGCGUCGUCACGUGCCCGCUCGACGUCAUCAAGACCAAGCUGCAGGCCCAGGGUGCCUUUGUCGGCCAGGCCGGCCACCAGUCGCACAUGAUCUACAAGGGCCUCGUCGGUACCGCAAAGGUCAUCCUGCGUGACGAGGGUGUCCGUGGCCUGUACCGCGGCCUGGGUCCGAUCAUCCUCGGCUACCUGCCGACGUGGGCUGUCUGGUUCACGGUCUACAACAAGAGCAAGGUAUGGAUGGGUGAACGGUACCAAAACAACUAUGUCAUCAGCUUCUGGUCGUCGCUCGUUGCUGGCGGCAGCAGCACCAUCGUCACGAACCCCAUCUGGGUCAUCAAGACUCGGCUCAUGUCCCAGAUGCCGAGCCACGACCAUGACCGCUUCGCGGCCGCUCUGCUGCGCGGUGCUAACACCCCGACGUCGCGUCCGGCCCUGCACAUGCCCUGGCACUACCAUUCCACCAUGGAUGCCGCCCGCAAGAUGUACACCACCGAAGGCGUCCUGUCCUUCUACUCCGGCCUGACCCCGGCCCUGCUAGGUCUGACCCACGUCGCCGUCCAGUUUCCGGCCUACGAGUUCUUUAAGACCAAGUUUACCGGCUACGGCAUGGGCAGUGCUGCCAGCACCGAUGCUGCCGACGGUGCCGAUGAUGCCGACGCCGCACCCCAGUGGAUCGGUGUCUUGUCUGCUACCAUCCUGUCCAAGGUCCUCGCCAGCGGCCUGACCUAUCCGCACGAGGUCAUCCGUACCCGCCUGCAGACUCAGCGCCGUCCGUCUGCCACUGCCGUGCGUGCUGGACACGCUGCCUCUACUACACAGCUGGCCACCGGCAUGUCAGCCGCCGGCACCGGAGACGUACUCCCGCCCGGGGCUGCCCCCAGCCACACCACAGCACAGCCACAAUCUCAGCCACAACUACAACCACCAUCACAAUCACAGCCUCAGCCUCAGCCGCGCUAUCGCGGCGUCAUCACCACCUUCCGCACCAUCCUGCACGAGGAGGGCUGGCGGGCCUUCUACGCCGGCCUGGGCACAAACAUGAUGCGCGCUGUGCCCGCUGCUACCGUCACCAUGAUGACGUACGAGUACGCCAUGCGGAUGCUGACACGCACACGUCGUGAGGCCCAGAAGAAGCUUCACAGCACAGCGUACGGUGCGGCCAGCUGA